AUGGCCGCCAAGGAGACGAAGACAAUUCAAGCAGAAACGAAAAGAAGCUUGCUCCCCGCACCACCUGGUGUCCCUCAUUCGAACUCACUCAUAUUUCACGUAACAGCGCUCGUUGGAUUCGAAUUCUUGCCAGGACACCGGACUAUGGACCUACCACCGCUGUCGUUCGAGCAGCUAUCCAAGGUGCUGGCAGAGGCCCCGACGGCCGAAGCGCUCUGGGAUAUGCUCAGCCAGUACGAGAACGAGGCCUGUCUGCAAUUCACCGACACCGAGGUGACGGGCGACCCGAAAUUAUUGAGCGCUUUCUAUGCUUCUUUUCUUAUCUCGCAUCUCUUGAGUGAUCAGAUACACGAAGCUCGCGCCAUGACAACCCGGAUGCCCCCUACCUUGGUAAAGGAUGACAUGGUCCUGCAGAACAGCAUCACGCUGCUGCGAGCAGUCUAUCAGAAUAAGUAUGCGGAGGUCUACAGGAUCCUCCGACAGCUGCCCUGGCCGGAACCAGUCAACCAGUACGUCCAGAAAUAUGAUGCCUAUUUCGCAGAAAAAACGUUCAAAGAGAUCAGUCGAGCAUACGAGGCCAUCAGAGCCGAGAGGGCAGCAACAUAUCUGGGGUUGGAAGAGGAGAUCCAGGGAGAUUCCGGCGAGCCAAGCCCGAAACUCAUCCAGAUAUUGACGCAAAGAGGAUGGGUCUGGGACGCAGACGAGCACUUGUUCCGACCAAAAGUGCAAGACAAGCCUGCAGACCUCAGCGACACCAAAACAAGCGGGUUAAACCAACUGGUGGGACUGAACGAAGCUUUUAAAUCUACGCUGCAUACCCCAGCAGAAAGGCUACAGCCAGAUUAUGAUGAUGAAGCUAAUGAUAAUGAGACAUGUCGCGAAACUCCUUACUCGGGUCGAGACCAAAUCUAA